UGGAAACAAUACAGAGAUAUGAACAGAAAAAAAGCUUAUAAAUCUUCGUUCAGAGACAGGUUUAGACCAUGUCAUCUUGACUAUUCCGAGGAGCGCAAGUGGGAACCAAGCUAUUUAAAGCUAAUAAUGGUUAGGGUUUUACGUUAAUGUGGUUCGAGUUCCCGUCCGCAAGUUAAACAAAAAGUUGAAACGAAAACGGAAAUAAAUGUGUCAUCCUUAGGCUAGAUGUAAGGAGUUGAAUUUGGAAGAGGAGUAUAAGAAGUAUCAGGUCCGCCUGAUGAUCAGUUACCUGAGCGUUUUCUAUCCCUUGUUUAUAAUAGUAGUCGUCGGCCUUCAAGUAGUCGCAUGGUCUUGCGCCGAGUAUACCAAAUUCACCCACCUGGAUUCGAUUUUGGCCGGGAUAACAUUACUUCUAGUUACUGGCAUUAUGGCUAUUAAUUUCUAUGAGAGCUUUGUAAUUCGUCAUAGGUGGGUUUUGGUUUUUACCUCGGUCUUGUCUGCGUAUGUUGUUGUAUUUGCAGAUAUUGCUCAUGUCACAUAUCAUUAUUACAAGAUUCAUUGGCCUCUCAAUACCACAUAUGACGUUUUUGUGCUAUGCAUGAUUUACAUGUUUUUGCCGAUACCCUCGAUCGUUGGAGCAGCCCUACUGGCCACCUCAGUCAGUGCUUUUUACAUUGGCUACUUUAUUUUCUUUCCAGCGGGUGAACCAGAAAGCCUAGCGCGCAAUAUUCACGGCACUAACACGAUAUUUGUCGACGUAUUCCACUACCUGGGUUUCAAUAUGAUGGGGAUAUUUUUCCGCAUCAUGAACGACAUUAUGGUGCGCGCCUCCUUCCUGAACCGCCACCAGUUCAUCAAGGAGGAGAUGUGGUUGCGUCACGCCCUGCGCCAGGAAUCAAUGUUGCUGGACAGCAUCCUGCCGCCUCAGAUAGCAAAGCCCAUCCAUGAUAUCAUCAAAAACAAAAUCACCCAGUCAGAGAGCGGUCCCGACCGCAUCAUUCUGGGUAGUCCCCGAAGGAGAGAAAACUUCAUGGCCAUCCAGAUCCAUCCCGACGUCUCUAUCCUUUACGCAGAUGUGGUGAACUACACCCACUUGACAACGACUCUGUCGGUGGAGAAGCUAGUAAAGGUCCUCCACGACCUCUAUGGCAGAUUCGAUAUGGCUGCCUCUACUUUCAAUGUGCAGCGCAUCAAGUUCCUGGGUGACUGCUACUAUUGUGUGUCUGGUUUGACGGAGCCUGACCCCGAUCACGCCAAAAUGGCCGUGUCCCUGGGCAUUUCCAUGAUUGCCAACCUCCAGGAGGUGCGAAUCUAUACUAAGUUCAUCUGGAUCCAAUGAUGUCAUAACUGUGAAUCGCCUUGAAGCCCGAUUGUUAAAUUUCGAGGAAAUGAACUUUAAGUUUUCAUCGAUGCCUACAAAAUAGGUGGGUAUUUCCCCGCGGCCUUUCACAAAGGUCAAGCCGCGGUAGAUGCACAGAAUAUCGAACUGCUGGAGAAUAUUGGCCGACUCCUCCGUUACUUGGAUGUGUCCAGGCAGCCCCGUCGAUUCCAUUCGGGAGGCCAUGUUGACCGGGGUUCCCCAAAUGUCGUAGUGCGGCUGGGAAGCACCCACCACUCCAGCCAUUAUCUCGCCGGUUGAGAUGCCGAUGCAGAUUUCCCCAGUGGAUAAGGACCGAUUAAAGGGUCUGCCCGCGUACGCCUUGUUGCACACGGACACGAUUCUCAUCAGGUCCAGGGCAAACGUUGUCAUUAUGAAGGCCACCUCAUCAUGGUUUAGAUUGAUCCCUUUUGCUUCUUGGUG